GAGACUGAGUGAUGGAUGGAGGAGGAAGAAUGGAACAAUAAGGGUGGUCCCGGGGCAGGGCCUGGUUCAGGGGUGUGGUUGGGUAUAAACGGGUACCCUGCUCCUCGUGCCCCUCGACCUCUCUCCCUCCAUUCCUCCGUUUCUCCUGCUCUCCUCUCCUCCCUCAUCCUCCUGGUCUCAGCUCCUGCACUAGCCGCCCGGCGGGGACGUCAGACGGAAGCCAUGCUGACUCUACUGGUGCUCACGGCCGCAGUGCUGCUCGGCGCAGCACCCCGGUCCGAUGCUAUAGUGAUCUAUACAGGCUGGGAGAGGCAUGCCCUCGUAGGCUCAGAUGUCCGGCUGUCCUGCUCUUUCUUCUCCUGGCGAUGGACUUCUGAAGAUGUCACCUUCUCCUGGAGCUACAGACCAGAUGGGGCCAGAGACAGCAUCUCAAUUUUCCAUUACACUGGCGGAGCUCCCUACGUGGACAAUAAGGGGCCGUUCCGGGAGCGCCUGGAGUUUGUCGGGAAUCCUGCUCGCCGCGACGGAUCAAUUCUAAUCCGAAACCUGGACUUCAACGACAACGGGACUUUCACCUGUGACGCCAAGAACCCUCCCGACAUAGUGGGCCGUCCUUCCAGUGUACGACUCCUGGUGGUUGAGAAAAUCCCGAUCCAGGCCGGAGUGAUAACGGGAGCCAUCAUCGGGGUGGUUUUGGGCUUGCUGAUUCUGGUGGUGGCUAUUUACUAUCUGAUGCGUUUCCUGGUGGCCAGACGCGUCUUCAACCUGAGCGUGAGCAAACAUGGCAAGAAAGGCAAAGGAAAAGAGGGAUCACAGCAAAGACAGGCUUCUGUUCUGGUGGACCCGUCCAAGCAGAAGGCGGCUGCAGCGUCUGAGAAGAAGAAGCAGGAGUCUCGCAGGGAAAAGAAAUAGGGGUCGGGGAGCAGAGAGCUAGAGCGGCAGGGCGAGCGGCAGGGCGAGCGGCAGGGCAGGGCGUCCAAGCUCCUGUCCCCGGCCCAGGGCAAGCAGGCCGGGGAGGACAGGGUCCUUAUGACCAUCGAGCUGGAGCUCCUAAAACAGGAGCAGGUCGGAGGAGGAGACGGAGGAGAGAAGGCCAGGGUCAGACCUGCAGCCCUUCUCCCCGCCCUCUCCACCCUCGGCCGUAAGAUCACUCUCAGUGGAGGAGAAGAGGACGGAGGAGAGAAGACCAGAGUCAGCCCUCCGGCUCUUCUCUCCGCCCUCUCCACCCUCGGCCGUAAGAUCACUCUCCGCUGAGCGGCCAGGGGACGGAAGGGGGGAUAAGGAGGUGGAGGAGGUGGAGGAGGAGGAUAGAUAUUAAAGGUGGAGGUGGAGGAUGAGAGAAACCUUACUUCAUAUCUAUGGUCAGAAACAUACUACUACACACAGAAAGUACAUAAGUAAAAUAAAUAAAUGCAACUUUAAAUUUCAAGUAGCACGAGUUCAAAAAGUAGUUAAUUCUCUCGAAAUGACUUUUAUCUUAUCGUAAGGUCAUACGAUCGACUCCCAUCCAGAGUUACGAGCCCAUGGCCUCGAAGGGUUAAAACUCAAAGCUAAAAAACCCAAAAGAAGAAAAGAAGUAGUUAGUACUUACAACCACAACCAGUUAAAAUCAUUAACAUAAAGAACACACCUGAAAUCCUAAAAAUUCGUCGUACUAGAAAACGCUUCAAAAAUAUCUGUUAAAUUAAACUGGAAAGAAAAAAAACUUGACCAAUUUAAAUGAGUUUCAUGUUAGCAUUAGCAUUAGCAUUAGCAUUAGCGCACUGCUCAUAUAGCCCUAUAGACAGACACACUCAACUGUAUUACCACAAAGAUGUUCGCAAAGUAGUGUUGUUUCACUAUUUGGAAUAAUAGUAGCUAUACCAAUACCAACUUGCAGGGCUCCAAGUGGUCCAUCAGCUGCUGGAGCCCUGAGAGAGCACAAUUGGCCUUGCUCUCUCUGGGUGGGUACAGUAGAUGGCGCUUUUUCCCUGCAUCACUCCUAGGGGGUGAUGUUGAUCAGCACAAGGCUGCAUCUGUGAGCUGAUGUAUCAGAACCGAGCUGCAAAUUGGUAUUGUUAUAAAUAUAUAUAUAUAUAAAACAAUACCAAUUUGCAGUAUUUGUGAUGAUCUAUGUGUUUAACUACUUGGUUGAGGUAUGUUUCUGGCCAGAUGUGUGGUAACAUUUCUCAGAUGUUAAAGAGAUUGAUGCUAUAAACAUGAAAAAGAGCACAAAAAUUUACGCAUUAUUAUUUUGCUAUUUUUCUCUCUCUCUCUCUCUCUCUCUCUCUCUCUGCUUUCUUUCAACGACUCCCUCAAUCAUCCCUUUUUACUCUCUCUCUGUUUUCUUUCUCUGGAUAAUCAGUAGCGCACGGCCCAUCAUGCCCACAGAUACAUCUAUAAACACUACACACACACACACACACACACAUUCAUUACACACACACUUCUCUUCCCACUUUCUUCUCAGUUUCUUCAUAUUUCUCUGCUGGUCUUUGAAGGGAAACUCUUCCCUCCAUAUUUAUUCGGACAGCUCUGUGUCUAUGAGUUCUAUAUUAACGGUCUCUUUCUUCUCUUUUUCUUUAUCUCCUCCCCUCCCUCUCUUUCUCUUUCUCUUUCUGUCCUUCUCUUUAUUCUUUGUCUCCAUUUGCUCCUAAUAUUCUUUAAAACGUUCUCAUUUCUCACGAAUCAUCUCUCAUAAUUGGUCCGCUGUAGGCCGGCCCUUCAAAGUAACCCCGCCCUUCAUCAUCCCAUUCAUUCAUUAAGGGCAAAAUAAUACACAACCUGCAUACACACACACACACACACACACACACACAUACAAUAACACAUGCAAAGUGAGACACACUAUUUGCAGUGAAAGCCACACCCACAACAAAUAUGAGAAAGUACCAACAACCUUUAAAAGCUCUUACACACACACACACACUCAAACACACACUCAAACACACACACACACCCCUCUAAACGCCAUGUGACUGAUUGAUUGUUUUAGUUCACGCCCCAGUCUAUAGCAGCCCCUCGAUCCCAUCUGCAGAACGAAUUCUAAAUCCAUGUGCACCACUAAAAAAGACCAUCUCUCUCUCUCUCUCUCUCUCUCUCUCUUUCGCAUGCAUGCUUUCACACACUCUCUCUCGCUCGCUCUCGCUCUCUCUCGCUCUCUCUAGCUGUGGGGAUGAGUGUAUUUUUGGUUUAGUCGGGGUGUAAUGUGUAAUGCGGCACUCACAGCUGCAGCCAUUGCCAGGAAGGAGUGUGUGUCUGUGUGUGUGUGUGUGUGUGUGUGUGUGUGUGUGUGUUACCAUGUGUGUGUGUGUCGCUCUGACUGCAGUGACUGACCCCAAAUGAAUGACGUUGAUACUGCUGGCAGAGUGUGUGGGCAUACAAAUGUGUGUACACACACACACACACACACACACACACACACACACACACACACACACAAGCACACACACUCACAGAGAUUCACACUGGCAGAGAGUGGGGACUGCUACAGUAUUCAACUGUAGUCAAUAUUAUAU